AUGGUCAACUUCAGUGCACUCUUCUGCUCAUUCUGCUACUUGAGCGUAGCUGCAGCAGCUGCCCUCGAACCAAGAACCAGCAAGAACCGUUGCGGCAAGACCGAUGUCUUCUUCACCGGCUUCCCGCCCUAUCACCCACUGGUGAUCGCUCAAGGCUUCGACCCAGCCAGAGUAGAAGCCGCACUCAGACUUGAUGCCGAGAACAUUCGCAAAGCUGGCUACAAUCUCAGGACUGUCCUUCGCGGCCCCGAAACACCUCUUAAGACGCUCCGAGACCGCAUGAAGGGAACCAAUUGGGAGGUCACCGGUGUUGGCUUUGGCGCACGCGGCUCGAAUCGUCAAGACGUUACUGUGGAGUUCACAGAGAUCGUGAAUCUGCUCAAGGAUGAGGAGCCCAAUGCUCCGAUCAUCUUCAAUCGCUCGCCCAAUACGACGCUUGAAGCUUUGUACAGGUUUGCUCCGAUCGAGGGUGAUUGCAGCAAGACUCCUGGCAAGGAUCUGGGCUUCGAGGUGAUCUGUGAUGUGCCUGAGGUGUGUGCUCGGGCAUAG